GCACUCUAAAAGAAACGUGUUUUAAGAAGAAAAUAAGGACAUUAAUGUGUAACUUAACAGGGCAGUAUAUCAUUUAGAUCACGACAGAAAAAAACUGCCCACAGUUCCUGCUCAUUGUUCCCUUUACACCAUUUCCUCUGGGAACUUUUCAGCCUUGGGACUGGGGACUGGACAAGGAUAAUUACUGGAAACCCCGAUGGGGGCAGGGAAUGUUCUGGCUGUAAAUGGUGCUCUCUGUCGGCCUGAUUGGGCUGCUCCACUCCCCCUUGUUGCUCUUCCAUUGGCCCAAUCCGACAUCAAUCUGUUGAUUUCCAGGUCCCCCUCAAGUUUGAAACUUUUUUUUCACUAGGAGGAGGAGUACUCGGGUUACAACUAACUCUUGUAACCGAUCUCACAGCAACCGAAAGAAGAAAACAGUCUUUCAAUAAUUUACACAUCUGUGCCUGAUACACAUAAGAAGGAGCAGCUGCGAGGAGGAGAGGACGAGCUUCUUUUACCGCGGAGCUCCAACUAAACAAGCGAACAAACACAAACAUGCUGUGAAGACACUUUUCUCCCUGCGCUGCCAGGAUGAAGACUUGAGAGAUUUGAGUUCAGAUUAACUUGUCAUCUUGUCGGCUGACCACUCCUGAGUCCCGCUGAGGUGAGGGAGAGAAAGAAAAAGAAAGAAAGAAAGGAAGGAAGGAAGGUUUGACCAUGGACUCCUUCAGCACCAAGAGCUUAGCCCUGCAGGCUCAGAAAAAGCUGAUGAGCAAGAUGGCCACCAAGAGCAUGGCCAACCUCUUCAUCGAUGACACCAGCAGCGAGGUGCUGGACGAACUGUACCGCGUCACCAAGGAGUACACCCGCAACCGCAAAGAGUCCCAAAAGAUCAUCAAGAACUUGAUCAAGAUGGUGGUGAAGCUGGGAGUGCUCUACAGAAACAACCAGUUCAACGGCGAGGAGCUGAUACUGGUGGACAACUUCAGGAAGAAAGUCCACACCCUGGCCAUGACGGCGGUCAGUUUCCACCAGAUUGAGUUCACCUUUGACCGCCGCGUCAUGAGCGCCAUUUUGAAUGAUUGCCGCGAGCUGCUGCACCAGGCCAUCAAACGCCACCUGACAGCCAAGAGCCACUCGCGAGUAAACCACGUCUUCAAUCAUUUUGCCGACUGUGACUUCCUGGCGGCUCUCUACGGGCCCUCGGAGGUUUACCGCACUCACCUGCAGAGGAUCUGUAACGGGGUCAACAAGAUGCUCGACGAGGGGAACCUCUGACCUCUGCUGGCCUCCUCAUCAGGCACCUUUUACCUCCAGUCACCUCAUGUACCAUCUUGCAAGAUUCCUUUUUUUUAAGGUGACAAUAAUGAACAUUUUUAUUUUUAAUUUGUAGCUUUGUGUUUAUGUGUGCCUUUCAGCCGUUACUGUAACACUGAAAUGAUCUCGGCUAGUUAGUCCAAAGUCUGUUUCUUCUCCAGCCUCCACAGUAAACAAAACCCAGCAGCUGUUUUUUUUUUGUUUUUUUUUAAUGAAUGUAAAAACUUCAUGCUCUUAUCAGUAUAUUCAGGGAUAGGAGCCUUGACAACUGUGCCUUGAAAAAAACAUAUUUUUGUCUUCAUUCCAAGGGCACUUUGCUUGCUCUCUUACUUAAUCAAAAAGACAUGAAUCAGGCACAAGCCUUCAGUCAUAUCUCUGUGAGGAGCUUUUAAUGGACCAAAAUCAUUUUUGGGGAGCACCAGGAGAGGACAGAAAGUGAAUUUCCAUCUUUUCCAAAUACCCAAGGACAUAAAGAAGUGAUUUUUUUUGUGUGUUUGUUUUUUCUAAAAGUAGUAUUGCACUCGAUCCUGAACAAGCGCUGUACUGUACUUUCCUGCAAUAAUGAAACCAUGUGAAACCCAGCAGAGUAAUCCUGCUUAGCCUGCAUUUUACAGCUUUCGCCAUCAUGCACUGAACUCCACUUUGUAGAGAGGCCAGGCCUUUUGUUUCAGAGGCACCUAUAAACCCAGUUUUUGCUUUUUAAUAGUCUGUUUUAUGGCCGCCACAACAAAGAUGAAGUAUUUAGGUCAUAGGGGAACCAUAAACAUGAAGGAAUUCUGUUUUGCUGUGUAGUGUUGAAUGUGCUGCUGGCUGUACGCUCAUCAGAAAACUGAAAAACUUUGUCCAUAAAUGUCAAAAUCGCAGCAGGGAAGCAGCACAAUGUGGCUCAAAGGUUGCUCUGGCAUUUUGUCAGAGAGGAAUAAAGAGCAAUCACAGUCGAGCUGCUUGUCAUAAUAGAUGUUAGAGCCGAGGGUCAGCUGUGUUUCAGAUUUAUCGGCGUUGCCUCUGGUUUAUCUAAAAAGCACUGAAACUGUGGUUUGAAUCCUGACAGAAUCGAACUAAAAAGACUCCCCAUGAGCAGUCAGAUGAAAGGAUGGACGAAAAACCUGCGAUUCCCUGUCUAUAAAAGAGGGCCAGGUAGGGUAUAGAGAUUAGAGCAGAGACAAACACAGUAACUGAUUGUACUCUCCCACUGCAAUUACAGCUCCCCACUCUGAGGUGGUAUAAUGGCCUGGAGCCUGCCUCUGUCGAGCAGCCACUCCAUUUCACCACACAGCAGCCUCAUGUAUAGUGAUGGAGAUAACCAUCUCUGUUUGCGCAAUGCAAGUCCUUUUAAUGGAGUGAGAGAUGUUGUUGUGUUUCUUCCUUAUAAAGGAGAAUAUGAAUAGUUACUACUAUCCCUCCCGAACCUCAUAUAAUAGCUGUCUUCCCCUUUUUGUCUAUGUGUUUUUGUAUCACUGAGCCUGUCUGGGAGAUUGUUUUGUGCUGCGGCCUCAUUUUGUAUUCUGUGUGUGAGUGUGUGUUUGUGUGCGUACCUGUGAGAGAAUUGGAAAUUGAGCCGUGUAAUAAGCGCUGUGCUUUUCCAGAUAGGAUUGCUGAAACUUUAACUUCAUCCACAGCAGCUCUGCCAAAGAAACGAAGACUGAUGUUCCUCAAAAUGCAGUCUUUUUUCCCCCCAGAGAACAUUUCAGAAAACACUAUGCACUUGAUAAUUAAACGCCUGAUCACGGUGAUAAUGAAGACAAAGAUGGUGGCUGUUGUGGUUUUGACCCUUUUUUAUAAAUUCUGUUUAGUUCUUUGAUGACUUCCCUGAUUCUCGUUUGCUAGACCCAUUCGACUCUCGCUGCAUCAUUUUGGGAGGCUUUGAAGUAAAUCCUUUAUCCUAAGUCCCCAAAAACAGUUGACUUUAAUUGUCUUUGGGUGCCAUUUUCUCCAAUCCCUCCACAUCUCAGGGUAAGUUUAAAUCUCCCUCUGUUUAAAACCCAUGACACACUAAGUAGAAAUCACCAGGAACAUCUGCAACAGCCCCACUUAUUUUACUAAAGCCCUCAAACUAAGCAUACUUAUCAUGUUGCAUUUUUACUAUGUGAAUUGUUUUUAUUUUCACUCAUGUACAUAUGAUUGUUAUUGUGUCUCUGUAUCCAAACACAACAAAUAUAAUACAAUUUACUUUUUUAAAAGAA